CUGAUAAAGAAAUGGCAGCAAUGAAGCUUCGAUUGCUGAUUGUACUUGCACUGUGUGUUGCAGCAUUGGCAACACUUCCAACAAGGAACUACAAAAAAUACUACCACAAAGGAGAACUACAUCAUUCACCUCAUCCUUCACCACCUUCUCCACCUUCACCACCUUCUCCACCUUCUCCUCCAAGUAAAAGUCCUGAGGAUUUCCCACCUGGUACACAUAAAAAGUAUGGGCCAGGGUCUCCUCAUCCUCCAACCAUACCUGGUAAAAAACCAAGAGAACAUCAUAUAGGAGAAAAAUAUGAACCAGGACCUCCUCCUCCUCCUCCUCCUGGUAGAAGACCUGGGGGUCAUAAACCUGGGGAUAGUACACCUGGUAAAAGACCUGGGGGUCAGCCUCCUAAUAAAUAUAUAGGAGAAAAAUAUGAACCAGGACCUCCUCCUCCUCCUCCUGGUAAAAGACCUCCUCCUCCUCCUCCUCCUGGUAGAAGACCUGGGGAUCGUACACCUGGUAAAAGACCUGGAGGUCAGCCUCCUAACAAAUAUAUAGGAGAAAAAUAUGAGCCAGGACCUCCUCCCCCUCCUCCCUCUCCUCCUAGUAGAAGACCUGCGGAUCGUACGCCUGUAGAGUAUAAACCUCACCCACCACCUCCUCCAGGUAAAAAAGGACCAGAGGAACAUGGGCCUGAUACCCCACACGUAGGAGGAAAAUAUAAACCUGGUCCACCUGGAAAAUAUCAUGGUAAAGGAAAUCAUGGCUAUGGUGGAAAAGUACCACAGUACAAAGACUGUCCUGAACUCAGGGAUCCACACUAUGGCAGUGUUAAGGUCAGUGGUUACUCUCUGCACCAAAAGGCUAUCUAUUCAUGUGAUCAUGGAUACAAGCUAGUUGGAUCACCUCACAGAGCAUGUGCCUAUGGGAAAUGGGAAGGAGAGGAGCCAGAGUGUAAACCAAAAGUUAGAUGUCCUCAGCUUAAAGACCCUUAUUAUGGUACUGUUAAUAUCACUGGUUAUUAUCCACACAAGAAAGCAAUUUAUUCCUGUCAUUAUGGAUAUAAGCUAGUCGGAUCACCUUAUAGAAAAUGUGCCUAUGGAAAAUGGGGAGGAGAUGAGCCAGUUUGUAAACCAAAAUUUAGAUGUCCUCAGCUUAAAGACCCAUACUAUGGUACUGUUAAUAUCACUGGUUAUUAUCCACACAAGAAAGCUAUUUAUUCCUGUCAUUAUGGAUAUAAGCUAGUCGGAUCACCUUAUAGAAAAUGUGCCUAUGGAAAAUGGGGAGGAGAUGAACCAGUUUGUAAACCAAAAUUUAGAUGUCCUCAGCUUAAAGACCCACACUAUGGUACUGUUAAUAUCACUGGUUAUUAUCCACACAAGAAAGCUAUUUAUUCUUGCCAUUAUGGAUAUAAACUAGUUGGAUCACCUUAUAGAAAGUGUGCCUAUGGAAAAUGGGGAGGAGAUGAACCAGUCUGUAAACCAAAAUUUAGAUGUCCUCAACUUAAAGACCCACACUAUGGUACUGUUAAUAUGACUGGUUAUUAUCCACACAAGAAAGCAAUUUAUUCCUGUCAUUAUGGAUAUAAGCUAGUCGGAUCACCUUAUAGAAAAUGUACUUAUGGAAAAUGGGGAGGAGAAGAACCAAUCUGUAAACCAAAAUUUAAAUGUCCUCAGCUUAAAGACCCACACUAUGGUACUGUUAAUAUGACUGGUUAUUAUCCACACAAGAAAGCAAUUUAUUCCUGUCAUUAUGGAUAUAAGCUAGUCGGAUCACCUUAUAGAAAAUGUGCCUAUGGAAAAUGGGGAGGAGAUGAGCCAGUCUGUAAACCAAAAUUUAGAUGUCCUCAGCUUAAAGACCCACACUAUGGCACUGUUAAUAUCACUGGUUAUUAUCCACACAAGAAAGCUAUUUAUUCCUGCCAUUAUGGAUAUAAACUAGUUGGAUCACCUUAUAGAAAAUGUGCCUAUGGAAAAUGGGGAGGAGAUGAGCCAGUUUGUAAACCAAAAUUUAGAUGUCCUCAACUUAAAGACCCACACUAUGGUACUGUUAAUAUGACUGGUUAUUAUCCACACAAGAAAGCUAUUUAUUCCUGCCAUUAUGGAUAUAAACUAGUUGGAUCACCUUAUAGAAAAUGUGCCUAUGGAAAAUGGGGAGGAGAUGAACCAGUUUGUAAACCAAUUCUGUGCAGUAAACCCCAUGGUAUACCAUAUGGUGGCUACAAAGGUGGUGACAUAAGGAUUGGAGGAACAGUAACCUACUAUUGUGAGAAAUAUUACAAGUUGGUUGGAAAUAACAAAAGGAAAUGUCUCCCCAAUGGAAAAUGGGGUGGAACACAACCAAAGUGUAUACCAGACCGCUGUCCAAAGCUGCCACCUCCAGAAAAUGGAUACAUAAAGCAUAACUAUGAGAAACAAGAACUAGUCUACUUCUGCAAACAUGGAUACAUACUAGUUGGACCAUAUGUUAAAAAGUGUUCACCUCAUGGAAAGUGGAUAGGAGGAAUUCCGAAAUGUAAACCUAUUGACUGUGGCCCAUUGCCUGCUAUUGCUAAUGGAGCUGUAUCAGUUUCUCCCGAUACAAAACUGGGCAGUUCUGCUACAUACACCUGUGAUAAAGGCUACACACUUAAUGGAUACCCAACUAGGGAAUGUCUUGCCAAUGGUGAAUGGUCCAGCAGGGAGCCUUCGUGCAUACCUAUUGAUUGUGGUCAACUUAACAAUCCAGUCAAUGGUCAAGUCCAGAUUAGCCCAAACAGCGAACUGGGAGGACUUGCUAUUUACCAGUGUAGGUUUGGCUAUGAAUUGAUAGGAACAGCCACAAGGAUAUGUCAGUCUGAUGGAAGAUGGAGCUCAAGGUCUCCUGCAUGUCGAAAAAUAACUUGUGGUAGUCCUCCCUACCCAAAUCCCAACGGAAGCAUACGAGUAAUAAGUAGACGAUUGUUUGGUAGAGCUAUUUAUGAGUGUAACAGUGGAUAUUUCUUAAGAGGAUCAAGAUCAGUUUAUUGUAGACAAGAUAGAACUUGGUCAGACAAAGCACCACUGUGCGUUGCUGUUGAUUGCGGUUUACCCGAUCCUCCUGAUCCAAAUGGCUCAAAGACAGUGACAAACACAAAAUUCAAUGGAAGAGUGAAAUAUGCUUGCAACAAAGGAUUCAACCUAGUUGGACACAAAGAGGCAAUAUGCCGAGCUAAUGGGAUGUGGUCUAGUGAUGCUCCAGCUUGCAGACCUAUCGACUGUGGAAAGUUAAAAAAUCCAAGUGGUGGAAAGGUUUCUUACUAUCCGGACACGGCGGUCUACUCUGUUGCAACGUACGUGUGUCAUGCUGGAAGUCUCCUGGUUGGUAGCUCAACACGUAAAUGUCAGCCAAACGGAGAGUGGUCAGGAGAGGAGCCUACUUGUAAAAAAACUCCAUGUCCCAAACUUCAGCCACCACAUCAUGGCAAAAUAUACAUGUCUGGCUAUUAUCCUGGUGACUAUGUGACAACUAGUUGCUCUCAUGGCUAUAAAAUAGUUGGAAAGCCACGUCUAGAGUGUCUCUACAAUGGCUACUGGUCAGACCCACCUCCACGAUGCAUCAAAGAAUCAAGUCAUCCUGACAAAAUUCAAUAUGACCACUCUCUAAAAAAAUAUGAAUGAACAGAAAUCUCCUGAGCUUUUAUAUUAUGAUAUUAUUAUAUUAUUGUCAUGAAAUUAUAUAAAUUAUUAUACUAAUUUGUAUUACUUAAAUUUAUUUUGAUAAAUAACUUCACUAACUAAAUUUGUGAAAG